AUGCCUCGGCAGGAUGAGACAGUCUCUUCUUCCGAAGCACCAACAAAAACGUUUCCGCGUUUCAUGAACCUGCCGCCCGAACUCCACAUUCUCAUCGCCAACUUUCUCAUCUUCCCCGACCUAGUCCAUCUCAAACUGACUUGCGCCUACUUCAAUGACCUAAUCCCUCCACUCUCGCACCAUGAGCUCCUCCAAGCCGAACUCACAGACAUCGCCCUCGCACACGAUGUCUACGCCUGUCGGUAUUGUCUCCGUCUCCGUCCCGCGGCCAAAUUCGCGGAUCGGAUGCUUCGACGCGGGCGGGGUAGAUACGGUCGUGAUGCUGAGAGGCGCUUCUGUGUGGAAUGUGGGCUCAUGCCACGUUCCGGCGCGGCAAGGUAUGGACCUGGGGCCCAGAUUGUGAUUCAGGGAGUGAUGUUCGUGAUAUGUAUGGUCUGCAGAGAGUUUGCAGUUGGGAUGAAGGAUCGGGGUUGUAAGGGGAUUGCGAUUUGCGAGAAAUGCUGGGAAGAAAGAUUGAUCCGCGAGAGGGCUUUUCCGUGA